GCUCUCGCAGUUAUUAGCACCAUUUUGUGAUGAAUGGGCUGCGGAGUAGAAGACCGAGAUAGAAGUAGCCUGGUGUUUUUUUUUUAGCCAAUUUAGUGGGAUAUAGCUUUGUUUUUAAGUUCUUAAAUAUAUCCGGAAGAGGGGCGGUAGUUGUACAGUUCUCGGGCGUCAAGUAGAGAAGUCUGGAGUGUGAGUUUUGUCGAGUCGAGCGUCGCGCUAAAGCUAACAGGCUAACACAGCUACACGAGUCUUUGAAAGAAAAGGAGAGAUCCCUGCAAGUCUGAAGAAACAUGAGCGCCCCUUCUUCUCAAAAAGUCGUGCUGAAAAGCACCACCAAGGUGUCCCUGAAUCAGCGGUGAGGCGCUACGCAUCCCGACAGCAUUAUCUCAAGGCCAGGGGGAAAAGCAUACAGAGAUAACUAAGGCGUCAAGACGUGUGCACUAUGGAGGUCAUUGAGGGGGAGACAUCAGACCUGACGUGGACGCUAGACUACCCGCACGGUGUGCGCCGCUUACCCAACAUGACGAUGAGUCGAUAUUAAGACCUGACAGCGUGCCGUGUUCGGCGAGGUGUCUCUUGCGUAAGCGGCGCACACCGGAGGUGAGAGGGUAAUGGUGAGUUCACGAACAUGCUGAAGAACAAGCAGCCGACGGCGAGUAGCAUCCGGGCGACCCUGCAGCAGCAGCACAUGGCCAGUGCGAGGAACCGCCGGCUCGCGCAGCAGAUGGAGAACAGGCCCUCUGUGCAGGCCGCUCUGCAACACAAACAGAGCCUGAAGCAGCGACUUGGGAAGAGCAACAUCCAGGCCAGGCUGGGUCGGCCCAUCGGCCCGCUGAUGCCAGGCAACGCCAGAGGACGGGGUUUUCCUGGAGGAUUUCGUGGAGCUGGACGAGGACUGCGGGGAAGAGGAAGAGGCGGUGUCAUGAGAGGAGCACUCUCUCUUAGAGGUGCCGGUCCGAUGAGAGGAAGGGGUGGUCCUGGACGCAUCGGUCUCCGUCGAGGCAUGCGUCAGCGAGGAGGAGGCACAGGACGAGGUGCUCUGGGUGGCCGAGGAGCAGCACGUGGAGCAGCUGGAGGAAGAGGCCGCGGGGGUCUGAGAGGUCGUGGAGGGUUUGCAGGAAGGGGUCGUGGACGCGGCAGAGGCCGAGGAGCAGGCCGUCCCAUCGUCACACGCGAGCAGUUGGACAACCAGCUUGAUGCUUACAUGUCCAAGACCAAGGGCCACCUGGACGCCGAGCUGGAUGCGUACAUGGCCCAAGCAGACCCUGAGAGCAUGGAGUAACCACAGCUGAGCUGAGAGAGAGAGAGACAGCAGCCCCCCGAAGAGCUGCAGAGAAUAGACUGAUUGACAACAUACACAUUCAGUACCAUUAAAGCUGUUGCUCUUCGACACUCCCUGAGAAGACAUUUUAAACUUGAAGGUUGUGCAAAGUUAUGGUUCCAUCCCCGUUGUCUUCGCCACUCACAUUUUCUAAACUCAAGCCUACCACAGAUCUAAAACACAAUAAGACCUCUAAGAAAACGAUUGGCAGUAAAGUGAAGGAAAAAAAACAUGUUUUCCAUUGAACUAUAAUAACAGAGAUUGUGCUUGUGCGUGUUUAUUGGCUGAAAGUGUCCCAGUGUACGCAGAACUGUGAACUCAAGGACAUCUGAUCAUCGGGUGUUAAAAUGUGGUUUACGAACAGAUGUUAAUUGCCAUAAUGUUCUACAAAUGAAACUUACCUUUUAUUAUUGUAUUUUUAUUGUUUUAAAGUGGAACUUUUAUUCAGUAUACACAAUCUUAAGUCUUUUUUGUCUGUCAUAAAAGAUGUUUAAAAGUAUAUUGUAACUCACAGCCGCUUUUUUUUUUUUUUUUUUUUUUUUUUUUUUUAUUUUUUUUUUUUUUUGGCUUCAAAUAAAUCUUGGCCAUAAGAUG